AUGUCCCCUACAUCACUAGCUUCACAUCCCCUCCAUCACAUCAGCUUCAUGUGCCCUCCAUCACAUCAGCUUCAUGUGCCCUUCAUCACCUCAGCUUCAUGUGCCCUCCAUCACCUCAGCUUCAUGUGCCCUCCAUCACCUCAUCUUCAUGUCCCCUCCAUCACCUCAGCUUCAUGUGCCCUCCAUCACCUCAUCUUCAUAUCCCCUCCAUCACCUCAGCUUCAUGCGCCCUCCAUCACAUCAGCUUCACAUCCCCUCCAUCACCAGCUUCAUGUGCCCUCCAUCACCAGCUUCAUGUGCCCUUCAUCACCUCAGCUUCAUGUGCCCUCCAUCACAUCAGCUUCAUGUGCCCUCCAUCAUCUCAGCUUCAUGUGCCCUCCAUCAUCUCAGCUUCAUGUCCCCUCCAUCUCCAUCUCCAUGUGCCCUCCAUCACAUCAGCUUCAUGUGCCCUCCAUCACAUCAGCUUCAUGUGCCCUCCAUCAUCUCAGCUUCAUGUGCCCUCCAUCAUCUCAGCUUCAUGUCCCCUCCAUCACCAGCUUCAUGUCCCCUCCAUCACCUCGGCUUCAUGUGCCCUCCAUCAUCACAGCUUCAUGUGCCCUCCAUCAACAGCUUCAUGUGCCCUCCAUCAACAGCUUCCUGUGCCCUCCAUCACCUCAGCUUCAUGUCCCCUCCACCACCAGCUUCACAUCCCCUCCAUCACCUCAGCUUCAUGUCCCCUCCAUCACCAGCUUCAUGUGCCCUCCAUCACUAGCUUCACAUCCUCUCCAUUAUCUCAGCUUCAUGUGCCCUCCAUCACCAGCUCCAUGUGCCUUCCAUCAUCUCAGCUUCAUGUGCCCUCCAUCACCAGCUUCAUGUGCCCUCCACCACCUCAGCUUCAUAUCCCCUCCAUUACCAGCUUCAUGUGCCCUCCACCACCCCAGCUUAUAUGUGCCAUCCAUCACCAGCUUCAAAUCCUCUCCAUCACCUCAGCUUCAUGUGCCCUCCAUCACCAUCUUCAUGUCCCCUCCAUCACCUCAGCUUAACGUGCCUUCCAUCACCUCAGUUUUAAGUGCCCUCCACUAG